AUCGGAUGAAGAGGGAGCGCUUGGAGCCGAAUGGAUUCGUCUUUGCGAGCUUGCUCACGGCCUGUGCGUCGCUAGCGUGACAUUGUCAUGGAGAACGCUCUCAUCAACAUGUACUCCAAGUGUGGCUGCAUGGACGAGGCGCUCGAGGUUUUCAGCGGGCUUGCGACCAGAGAUGUCUUUACAUGGACGUCGAUGAUCGCUGGCUAUGCGCAGCUUGGAUUCGGCAGCGAGGCUUUCGCUUUCUACGAUAGAAUGCGGCGAGAUUGCGUCUCGCCAACUUCCGCUACCUUCGUCGCGCUGCUGUCCGCGUGCUCGACGUUAGAGCAAGGUGUGGGAGUCUGGAGGACGCGGAGUUCUUGUUUGCGAAGAUGCAGCAAAAGGACUACGUGAGCUGGUCAGCCAUGGUAACGAGCCAUGCACAGUUCGGCGACCCCGCGCACUCCAGGCCUGUUCGCUAAAGCGAGAUUCACGGUUGAGCAAAACGAUCCGGGAACUUAUUGAUUGGAGUGGGAUAGAUAAGAUGGAUUCCAUACGGGCAGAUCUUGUCUCGGCGUACAGUAAGUGUGGUGACAUGGAAGAGGCACGGAAGAUAUUUGAUAGAAUGGAGAGCCGGGAUGUCCUGACUUGGACAGUCAUGAUAAAAGGCUACGCGCAACAAGGUGAUUCUAAAGCGGCACUGGAAUUGUUCCAUAGGAUGAAGCCUGAAGGUGUGGAGCCGGAUAGCGUGUCAGUUGCCGAAGCCAUCAUGGCUUGCUCCAUUGAGGGGGACUUGGAGCAGGGAAAUUUUUUGGCGAUGAAGCAGGAUUUUCGAUUUCAGCCGAUAGGAAACGCUCUGCUCAGUCUGCACAUCAAAUGCGGCUCCGUGAAGGAAGCGUUGGAAGUUUUCGAUAGGACAGAGGAAAAGGACGUCGUGACAUGGACACUUAUGCUAGAGUGCUACUCGCAGCAGCAGCAGCGGUGUGGGGAUUACAGCACCGAAGCCUUUGGUCUCUAUCACAAGAUGCUUUUGGAAGGGAAGGAGCCGAGCUAUACGACAUACGCGGCCGUUGUUUCGGCGUGCUCCCCUCAAACGUUUCGACAAGGCAAGGCUGUUCACAGGAGGAUCAUCGAGUGUCAACUGGAACGACUGCCGGAUAUUGCCGUCGCGCUUGUCAACAUGUACUGCAAGUGUGGGAGUGAGCAAGAGAUCAGGGAGGUGUUUGCCAAGACGAGGCAGCAAAACAAGGUGGUCAUGUGGAACGCGGUGAUAGCAGCUUUUAACAGGCAUGACAGUGGCGAAGAGGCCAUCAGAGUGUAUCGGGAGAUGGUCUUGGAGGGGCUGUCACCGAGCGUCGUCACGUUUAUGAGCGUCCUGAGUUCCUGUGCUCGAGUGGAAGAUCUGCGAACCGGAAGAGAGGUCCAUUCCCGUGCUCUAGCCUGCGGGAUGCUACCAGACUUCGUGAAGAACGCGUUGAUCACCAUGUACGCGAGGUGCAACGCCUUGGGCGAGGCAAGGCAGGUGUUUGAGAGCGUGGGGGAGAAGUGUACCGUAACUUGGACCGCGUUGAUUGGAGGCUGUGUCUCGGCUGGGAACGAGCGAGAAGCUCUCAGUCUGUUCAAGCGGAUGGAUUCGGAACCAGACGAGGUGACGUUCUCGUCCGUUCUUCAGGCGUGCUCCAACUUGGAAGAUGGCAGAGAAGUCCAUGCUCGCAUCCUGGCGGCACAGGGAGGAAAGAUGUCCGACUUCCUUGGGAACGGUCUCAUCAACAUGUACGCGAGGUGUGGGAGCAUGAGAGACGCGAGACAGAUCUUCGAGAGCAUGGAUAGGAGCAGCAGGAUCUCGUGGUCCGCGAUCAUGACACUGUGUGCUCGGCACGGACAGCACGACGAUAUCAUUGACACCUACAGGCUGAUGGUCAACGAGGGAGUUGUGCCGGAUGGAGUUACGCUCAUCGCCAUCCUCAACUCGUGCAGCCACGCGGGGCUGACCGACGAAGCGUGCCACUACUUCACUUGGAUCAUCUCCGACUUUGAGCUGCCACACUUGGACGAGCAUUACCAGUGCAUGGUGGAUCUCCUGUGUCGGGCAGGACGGCUGGACGAGGCGGAGGAGCUCAUCAGCAUGAUCGACCGGCCAGACGUUGUGACUUUGAACACGAUGCUGGCGGCUUGCAAGAACCAACAGGACCUCCACCGCGGAGCAAGAACAGCGGCUCAGAUGCAAUCCACCGAAAGCUGUGCGGCUCCGUUUGUCCUCCUCUCCCAGAUCUAUGCCGGGGAGCAUCACAACACCCCAGUUCCUGGCUAGAGAACCGCCACAAAAGCCAGAGUUUCGUCCUCCUUCAAAGAAGAACCUUUGGAGAAGUUCUCGUCCGGAGAAGUUCUCGUGGUCUGGAAUCACAACACAACAAGGACUGAUGGCGUCAUUGACAUUCACAGCAAGAUAGUCAACUCGAAAAGCAUUUGUACCAACGAUGGAAUUCCGGAGCAAGUCAUCGCUAGCGAUGUAUACAAGUGUCAAAGUCUGGAUCAAAUACAAAAACCCACUGGAACCUUCCCGUUCUCUCACACACAAAACACCAUCUCACGCCAUCUCAUCUCCCUGAGUUGUAUCCCUUGGUAUCUUUCUUUUCUUUUUCUCUACAAGUUACUCUCCUCCUCUCUCAGAUAUUAUACAACCUUCCAUA